AUGGCCAACGAACAUUGGGAAGAGAUUAAUGAAUGGGAUAUUGAAGAAGACAUAGAACUAGCUCAACGUAUUACUGUCCACACAGUUCAUCAUUCUUCUGUGAGUGAUGAUGAAAGUGAAGAUUCCGAGUAUCAGCUCGUACAAGCACAUAAGCAUCCAACUUAUGCUGCGGCAGCAAAAUGGGGUGGAAGAAACAAGAAACCAAAUUUAAUAAAUGUUAAUGAUGAAAUCACUAAUAACGAAGUAGAGGAGACCGAUAAAAAGAAAGGUGUAGUAUUGGGCGCCCCAAUAGCUACUUCGAAAAUUCAAACACCAACUCCUCCAAAUUCUACCGCGUCCGCGGAAACCUCGAAUGCGGAAAAUAAUAUACUAAAAGAUGACCAUAACACAGACCACGAAGAUGUUAAAUCCACUUCAUUCGAUCCAUUACAAGUUAUAGAAUCUUCGGACCGUGAAACGUCUAAAUCUUCUACACGUCGCCAUAAUACAAAAGUUCAUAAAAUGCAAUCUAAACGGCUACUAAAUCAAUUAGUUAAUUCAACUGAUUUGGAAUUGAACGAGGGUGCGGUUCGUGGCGAUACUAAUAGAGACCCGGAAUUUACCAAAUAUAAAUUGUUAAAGAAGACUAUGAGGGCAAAGAACAAUGGAACUAGUAAGUCCAAAGCUGAAAGAAAAAAUGGAAUGGAAAAAUUGCGUGUUGAAAUUAUAUAUUGA